AUGUCCCUCCCCAAUUAUUCACUCCUAUUCCCCCACUCUUUCUCAUCCUCUCCCAACCCUUCUUUCAACAUAAAACUCAGCGAUGACUUACUCUCAAAGAUGGCCAUGGCCUCGUCUACAAAAUUGGUCGUGACAAAUGGCAAACCUAGUCUCAAGUUGUAUCAUCCCGAUGGGAAUUUCACAAUAUUUGAUUCCAACUACACUCCCGAAUCAGCAAUAAUAAACCUAUACUCGUCGUCUCCCGACGAUAAAAACAAAACUAAUUACGAUCUAGUAGGGAAAGUAACCAGUAGGUUAUCAAUAUUCACUACUGGUAUUAAGAGAUCUGGUUCUGCUUCUACCACUACUACUACUACAACAACAACAACCAAUAACCAAGAGGAACAGUCUCUUUCGCCAAUACCUCAGCCUUCGUCAAAAUCUUCUUCUUCGUCCCCACCAAGGAGCACGUCUUCCUCAGAGUCCCCUUCGUUAACUUCGUCCUCCUCGUACUCUAAAAAUACCACCCUCCAUAAAAGACAGACGAAAUCUUCAAAAUUAAUCGCCAUCAAUUCUCUUUCGAACCUUAAAUCUCCAGAAAAUCGAGUGUUGCACCUUCUUGCCGUCGGCCCGAUCUCCAUUUGCCAAAUCAAGGACAGAACUAGCGUCCCUAAAGCCGUGGUAUCUUCGAUAUUAUCAAAAUACGGCCAACUAAUCGAAUCUUCAACCGUUGCGUUUACUCAAGAUAAGUAUCCGAGCUACUCAUACCUUCCAGAACCUUCGUGGAAACCUCCUGUAUCUGCUGACAAUUUCCACGAAUCUGAAAAGUUUUAUAUUUUAAAUGAUUCUUCGUAUCAGCACCUUAAAAUUUGGCAAUGGAAAUACUCUCCUACCCAGAGAUCGUUGAUUUUAUCCAAUAUGGCUAAUGCUUUUGACCGGUUAGAAAUUCCUGAAAAUGACCCAAUGAGAGAUUUAUUAGUCGACCCAAAGAUUAAACAACAGCAAGAAAAAUUGAGAGAGGAAGAACGGGAAUUGGAAAGAAAGAGGGAAUAUGAGUUAGAAUCGGCAAGAAAGGAAAAAGAACGAGAAGCAAGGGCCAGAGAAUUAGAACAAAGAGAAAAACAGCGUCAGGAAAGAGAGAAAAAAAUGGUUUCAAAUACCACCGUGAACUCUGAUUCAAGAAACAAUACCUCGGUUAUCAAUUCUUCUUUAUCAGUAGCCACUGCUGCUGCUUCUCCUUCUAAUGCCCACUCGACUCCGUUGAAGAAAUUAUUUGCUAAAUCAACAAAUGAUGCCCUGGCUGCAAAAAAACCUAAAUCAUUGAGCCGUACAAACUCUGGCAAUAAACCUACUCCUCCACCGACUAGUGUCGCUAAUGAAAUUAAAGAAACCCCAUUGAUUGCCUUGGGUAAAGGUGUUACUCGACCAACCGUUGACUUGACCCCUACUACAAAAAACUCAUCAUUAUCCACCAGUCAUAAUAAGUCUCGUGCUACCGCCCCAUUGAAAUCAAAUAAUAAUAAUAAUAAUAAUAAUAAUAAUAAUAAUAAUAAUAAUAAUAAUAAUAAUAAUAACAAUAAUCUCAAACGGGCUAGAAAUUAUGACUUUUCUUCAUCCGAAGAGGAAGCCAGUGACUACGACUCCGAUGAAGCUUUAGGCAGCGUUGCUAAACCCAAGCCUAACAAUCCACAGCCAAUCGCAAGAAAAAAGCCUAGGAUUACUUCCACAAGCUCCAAUCAUGAUAAUUCUAGUUCUAGUAACUCAUCAAGUAGCGGGAAAAGCAAAUCUGGAAAAUACUCUGGAGCUGGAAUCGGCAGCACCACUCAAGCAACAUCUGCGUCUCCAUCUCCUGAAUCUCGGUCGAGAUCCUCAUCUCCAGAAGUACAUGGAAAAAGAAGGGUCAUAUCUAACAUUACUACUGAUACCACCGCUACGUCUACUACGACUUCUAGUCCAAAAGUCAGUAUUUCUUCACUCCAUGCGCCUCGAGCGCGAUCCAAACCUUCGACUCCUAUCACCUCAACGUUUGCCCACAAUCACGAUACCGAUGGAGAGGACAUCAAUGAUGGAACCACCAGGGAUAUCGAGAAUUAUUAUAGUAGCGACUCGAAAGCGACGUUUGAAUUGAAGGAAUUAGCAGGGAAGUUCCGUAAGAAAUAUCGAGAGUAUGAAGAACUAUACAAUCUAUUAAAAUUGAAACGUGGCAAUGAAGGAAGUGGCAGGAGAGCUGAACGGACCGAAGAGGUGAAAAGAGUCAUUCAACUACAUAAUGAAUUGACCCUUUGGAAAAGAAGACUCUGGGAAGCCGAGAGCAAAAACCGGCGAAUUACCAAAGAUAAACUCAAGAAAACUGGCAAGGCUUCAACCACCACCGCCACCGCCGCCGCUGGUGUGAAGAAGGAGACUACCCCCGGUAGGUUAUUCAAGGACAAUAAAUCAAAGCAGGCCUUACAUCAGCGGCCCAAGUCCCAUUCUCGUCAAUCUUCUCAACCUCCUCCUCCUAAAGGUCAUACGACGAUUGCUACCACGUCAACCACUGCAAAUAACAGCUCUGUUCACGGAUCCCGUUCCAGAGCCGCUACUGCGUCGCCGAGAAUUGGGGUAAUACCAAAGAGAGACCAUGAGAGAUAUAUCAGUUCCAGUUUAGCAAUGGGAGAUCCCGAUAGGAUUAGAGAUGGUGAAACCCAUGGGAGCAACAUGAAAGACAAUGGGUCUGUGAUUAGCUCAAAACAUUCAGAAGGAGGAGUAUCGUCAUUGCCAUCUAAGCCAAACUUACCUUCGAAACCGAAAUUAUUAGCCAGCUCUUCUGGGCAUUCGAGAUUGGGUAGCAAAGGAAGAAGAGAUCGUGACAUUAGGGAUAUAAGAGAAAAAGAUCGGGAAGGCAGGUAUGGGUCUAUAGGAAGAGAUCGUGAACGAGAUAAAGACAGAGAUAAAGACAGAGAUAGAGACAGAGACAGAGACAGAGAAAGAGAAAGAGAAAGAGAAAGAGAAAGAGAAAGAGAAAGAGAAAGAGAAAGAGAAAGAGAAAGAGAAAGAGAAAGAGAAAGAGAAAGAGACAGAGAAAGGGAGAGAGAUGGAAGAGCAGCUAGACCCUCAAGAAGAGAAGGCAGCAGUAAUGGUACUACUGGUGGAACUGUGAGAAGAGUGUCAAAAUUAUUCAAGUGA